AUAUUUGAGCCACCGGAUAAAAAGAAAGCAAGAUGGCGAUCUAUACGGUUGAUGUAUUUAACCAUGUUCUUAAGCAGUGUAACGUUUACUAUCAGUAUGGCAUCACUCUGGCCAUAUCUACAAUUGGUGGAUCGUUCAGCUACUGCUGACUUUCUUGGCUGGGUAGUGGCUGCUUACAGUAUAGGUCAAUUGGUAGCGUCACCACUGUUUGGUUUCUGGGCUAACUAUGGCAAAUCAACAAGAUGGCCUCUUGUUAUCUCUAUACUUAUCAAUAUAUUAGCAAAUGUGAUGUAUGGUUAUAUAGAAAGUUUUGAUGACCACAGAGAUUAUUAUUUACUGUUAUCAAGAGCUAUGGUUGGAUUUGGUGCUGGUAAUGUAGCUGUAGUAAGGUCCUACGUAGCUGGUGCAACCAAUCAAGAAGAAAGAACACCAGUAAUGGCCAAUAUCAGUAUAUUUCAAUCAUCUGGUUUUAUUCUUGGUCCAGGCUUCCAGGCAGCUCUUGUUCCACUAGGAUAUCCUGGACCAGUUCAUAUCGCUGGAUUCCAUUUUGAUCUGUAUACGGCCCCAGCAUUCUUCAGUGCGAUAGCUGGAAUUAUCAACAUUCUUCUGUUACUAACAAUAUUUAAAGAAACCAGACUGGAUGAUGUCUCUUCAUUCAGUGUUCAAGAAAAUGAAACUGUAGAGUUAGAACCUGAUUAUCGACCAGAUUAUUUCGCUGUUAUAUCGUCUAUAACUAUAUUUUUUGUUGUCUUAUUUAUAUUUACGGUGUUUGAAACAAUUGGUUCACCACUACUCAUGGAUAUGUAUGGAUGGAGUAAGUCUCAAGCUACCUUGUAUCAAGGUAUUAUAUUAGUUGGUGCUGGAUGUGAAGCUAUUGUAGUCUCUCUAUUUGUCAAAGCUUUGGCUAAAAGAUUUAAUGAAAGAAAGUUGAUGUUGUUUGGAUUUAUAACUUGUUUAGCUGGUUAUUUUAUAUUCUUACCAUGGGGAAACGUCUUACCAGUAAGAUCAGUUGCAAGUGAUUCUUCAAUGCUCACUGAUUCGUCAUCACCUUCUACACCCUUGUCUACCACGAGUGGUCCAAUGUACACCAAUACCACAGAUAAUGUGACCACAACUACGGUUGAACCACAGGGCUGUCCGGAAUAUUACAGUUGGUGUUCAUAUACCCCAGUAAUAUUUCUGUCCCAGUUUUUAGCAGGUGUUGCAUGUAUUGGUAUAGGUUAUCCUGUAGCUCAGAUUAUGAGUUAUACGAUAUAUUCAAAAAUACUUGGUCCUAAACCUCAGGCCGUAUGGAUGGGUUGGUUAACUGCAGCUGGUAGUGCAGCUAGAGCAAUAGGUCCAGUGUUUGUGACACAGAUAUAUAAUAGUUAUGGACCGCGGGUGACAUUCAGUGCUUGUUGUGGAAUACUCUUAGCUACAAUCCUAUUUAUUUGUAUUAUAUCCAAAAGACUUGUACCGUUCUCAGUCCAAACUAAAUUGAUCUCUCCUGUACGAAACUAA